CAAAAAACAAAAAUCCCCCCAAAAAAUAAGAAUACAUAAAAACAUUUUAUUUUAUUUUUACUAAAGACUUUGGGGGGGCAACAACAACAAAAAAAUCACUUGUGGGCUUGUUUUGGCCUGUUGCCGACCCCUGCUCUAACAAAGCAACAGCAUCUCACCCACCAUGACUACAUGUACUUUUACCAGUAUGAAACCAACCCAGUCUGCGUUCCCUAGAACGACCACAGAACUGCCUUCCAUUUCUUCAUCCUCUUCCUCAUUGCCUCAACUGGGUGGCCAGAGCGGCUUCAGGAGAGUCUGCACCACAGAUGAACCCACUGCCUGUCCAAUCCCUGGACUGGCAGCAGGCGUGCUCGAAAUGAGAGUGAAGGAAGGGAGCAAGAUCCGAAACCUCUUGGGAUUUGUAAUGGCUCGUAUGCAGAGGGAGGAACAGGAAGUGGAUGGGAGUCAGAUUCAGACAAUGCUGAGUGUGAAAGAGGGAGUGACAGUGGACAGGAUUCAGAUGGGGAAGAGGCAAGGAGAGGGAGUCAUGGACAUUGGCCGGAGUCAGACCCGGACCGGGCUGAGAGUGAGACAGGUGGUUUUCACUGGAUCAGGAAAAGGGAUCACCAAAACCAUAACAUGUGUUGAGAUCCUGAAACGGAAACUGGGAGGACUACACCAGUUAUCCAAGCUCCACUACAAGACUGUGAGUGAGGUGUGGGAGAGUCAGGAGACUGACAUGACACCCAUGUCCAGGAUGACGGUUCAUAAGACUGUUCCUGCUAUCAGUAUCCUGCUCUCCAAACACCCACUGGACCCAAGUGAGCCUGGGUAUCAGCCCCCAGAAACCCAGCAUGAUCCUAGCUACCAACCCCAAGGGUACCAGCCUCCUAGGUAUCAGCCCCCAGUGACGCUAUGUGACAGUGUGAAAAUUCCACCUCGACCACAGCUCGAACUCCGCAAAACACAACUGUUGUCAAUACCACUGACCCAGAAAAGCCAAAGCCCUUUUUGGUUCCAGAGUGCCGGUACCUCUAGGUCUCAGGAGGGCAGUAGAGAUGCACAGAGCUGUACGCCACACCUGUGUGCCGCCUCGGAGAAAGAGAGGAAAACAGCAGGAGGAGAGAUACUUUACAGUCCUUGUUCAUACAUAUUGCCUGGUCCUGAAGCCAAGAGAACCUGUAUGGAGAACCACCUGUUCCCCUCGACUCCCUCAACUUGAAAGAAACCUGAGUUCCAUCUACUCUGUGCUCCUGUUAGACACAACAGAGAAACAGAGGAGACAACUGGAAGAGAUUGCUUUUGAGUAAAAGUUUAGGCUCUAGAAUAGAUUCUAAAAGGUGUAGUGGGUUAGGAACAACUAGUAAACCCCUACUUUUUCAAAUUAUACUUCAGGUUUAGGAAAAAUGUCUCAUAAAAUUAUGGUAAAAUGCUAAAUAAAUGUAAUGUAUGUUAUGAUAACGUGCACCCCCUCCGUAAUUUUAGGACCUUGU